GCCUGAUCUCUACACCAUCCACGCUAACCGCAAGCGGAUGUCUGCCCCACCAACCGCCGUGCGUGCCAAUGGCUCCCGCCGGUUGACGUGAAUUUCUCAACCCCUCCGUCAUCUUCUUUCUCAAAAAAAUGGCGACUCCGGCAUCACAUCGUAUUCGGACAAGCGAGCAUCAUGGCCACGAUUAUUCUCGGGGCGCAGUGGGGUGACGAAGGCAAGGGCAAGAUUGUCGAUGUCUUGAGCGAUGACGUGAAGCUGUGCUGCAGAGCGCAAGGAGGGCACAAUGCGGGACAUACCAUUGUCAAGGAUGGCAAGACCUUUGAUGUGCACAUCUUGCCCUCUGGUGUGCUGUCUCCGGGCUGCGUGAACCUCAUCGGCACCGGCUGCGUCGUCUACGUCCCCGGCUUCUUCAAGGAGAUUGAAAACCUGGAGAAACACGGCAUUUCCUGGCAAGACCGCAUCCUGAUCUCCGACCGUUGCCACGUCGAUCUCGAUCUCCACACCAAAGUCGAUGGCCUGGAAGAGGUGGAACUCGGCAAGGCCAACAUCGGCACCACCGGCAAAGGCAUCGGACCAACAUACUCCACCAAAGCCACGCGCUCGGGCAUCCACAUGGCGGAAAUCUUCAACAAGCGCCUCUUCGACGAGAAGCUCCUCAAUCUCGAGCGCGGCUACAAGAAGCGCUACGGCGACUUGCUGCAGUACGAUGCGGCGGAGGAGAUUGCCAGAUUCGACGUCUACCGCGAUCGCUUAAAGCCGUUUGUGGUCGAUCAGGUGCCUCUCAUCGAAUCUAUCGUCAAGGGCAACAUGCGCAUUCUCGUCGAGGGCAGUCAAGCGCUCAUGCUCGACAUCGAUGCCGGCACCUACCCCUACGUGACAUCGUCCAACACCGGCCUCGGCGGCGUCUUCACCGGUCUGCAUCUCAGCCCCAGAUCAAUCCGCGAAACAAUCGGCGUGGUGAAAGCCUACACGACCCGUGUCGGAUCCGGUCCCUUCCCCUCCGAACAGCUGAACGAAGUGGGCGAGAAGCUGCAAAAAAUCGGGCGCGAAUUCGGCGUGACGACCGGCCGGACACGACGUUGCGGCUGGCUCGAUCUCGUCGUCGUCAAAUUCUCCAACGCCAUCAACUGGUACGACGCCAUCAACCUCACCAAGCUCGACGUGCUCGACACUUUCGAUGAGAUCAAAGUCGCGACGGCAUACACCUACAAGGGUCAAGCUUUGCCUUCCUUCCCCGCCGACCUCGCCGUGUUGGAGACCAUGGAGGUCGAGUACGUCACUCUACCGGGCUGGAAGCAGAGCACCGUGGGCUUGAAGUCGUACGAUGAGCUUCCUGCGAAUGCGAGGAAAUACGUCGAGUUUAUUGAGAAGUUUGUUGGGGUGCGCAUCAAGUAUAUCGGGACUGGACCUGGGCGGGAGAGCAUGAUUGUGCGGUAGCCGUGGAAUCGAUCGCACGGAAUUGUGCUAGGCUGAACGCCGAAAACGUAUACCUUCAGACAGAGAUGGUGGAUAG